AUGGAAGUCCCCAUUAUCGCAGAUUCUGACACUUUUCAAGAGUCCCCUGAAUCCUUGCAACUCAUCGAAGCUGCUAAGCAAUUGGACCUAGCAAAGGUACAGGAAAUGGUUGAUCAGGGCGCCGUUACUGCUGCUUUAGACGUUGACAGUGGGAAAAACGCUUUGCAUUUCGUGGCCUUAAACGCCAAUGCAGAAAACGAAAAGAAGGCUGUGGAACUUGCCAAAUGGAUGUUAGGUAACGGUGGAGUUUGGAAUGGCAUCGAUAAAUCUGGUGAAACACCUGGUUGCAUUGCUCGCCGCAAAAAUCUGAACGAACUCUACGAGACAAUUGUCGACGCAGGCGUCCGCUGCGAGUUACUUCUUUCUCUUAUCGAAAGAAAAGACAAAGUCAAUGAACGCCUGGACACCAAUGAAAAGUACUUACAGAGCACUCUUUCAUACACGCAACCUACUGAAGACAGUAAUAGUCUUCUUGACAGCGAUGCAAACGCUGUCAUGAUGUCUUGGGAAAAGAAAAUCAUGCAACGAUCUGCAGAGAUCAUUGCAUCGAAACCUGGUUGCCGUGUCUUAAACGUUGGUUUUGGGUUGGGCAUCAUCGACACUUUUCUACAAGAAAGGCAGCCAUCUUUACAUGUAAUUAUCGAGCCCCACCCCCAUGUACUAGCCUUUAUGCGGAAAACCGGCUGGAUGGAUCGUCCAAAUGUUGUUGUUUAUGAGACUACUUGGGAAAGCGCUAUUCAGGACAUUGCUUCCAAAUACGUCUUCGAUGGUAUCUACUACGACGCCUUUGCUGAAAGCUACGAAGAUUUACGAAAUUUUUUCGAUUCGGCAGUUGGUAUUUUAGAUCCUGAUACUGAUUCUAAGCUUUCCUUUUUCAAUGGUUUGGGCGCUGAUAAUCAGACCUUCUACGAUGUCUACAAAAAGUUAGUUCCUAUAGAUCUUACCUCCUUCGGCUUUAACUGUACCUACGAAGUUAUGCCAACAAGCAGUGCAGAGGACGAGUGGGAGGGUGCAAAGCGUCGUUAUUGGAAUGUCGUUGAUUACUUUCUUCCUGUCAUUACAUUCGACUUGUAA